GCGCGACACGCGCACUCGGCUACAAACGGUCAUCAUGUCAAUCCGUCUCACCAAGUUCCAGGAAGACAUCGGAGCCCUUCUCCAAGAAUGUGCGGCAGCAAACGACAAACCGACUUCUCCGCUCAUCAUGCCCGUUUCGCUUCUCCAACAUCCCCUCUUCAAGGAGCUUUUCGCCCGUCUCGACCCGUCUCGCAUUCCCAAGCAUCCCCUUGAUUACCGUGGGGCCCGCGCCAUCACGGAGGCCCUCGAGGCCCUCUGGAUGUACGCCCACAUCAGCGAAGCGGCGCCCCAGAGCGGCGAUGCAUUCCUACGCGCGUAUCUCAAGCAUCUGCCGAGCGUCUGGCAGUGGGGCCUCUGGCUUCUUCCAGAAGAGGGAAACGUGAAAGACAGUUCUAGCAAGAACUUGGAGUGCCUGGACUUCCCUCUGCGUCCGGAUGGGACAGUCGUCAUUGGCGUCUACCUGCGCUACUUGGUUCUGCAGCUUAUCAUCGCGGCAUUUGUUGAUACGCCUCCUGGAAGGAAAAUCCUCCUCGCGCAGCCACGAUUCUAUGAAGUCCUAUUGAAGGUUCUUUCGUAUGACUGGACGCGUCCGAAGAAGUUCAACGACGCACGGCAGCCCCAUGCGUUAUUGCGGGUCAUUUUCGACGGGUUGACGGAUAAGAACGAUCCCAAGCUCGUCCAGCGCACCCUCGACGAGGUCACCGCCUUCGAAAAGCAGAAUCCAGGCCGAAUCUUCGAGAUCAUCGUCGAGCGCCUUCCCUGGCUACUGGACGCGGAGGAGAAAGACAGCUUCCAGUUCAUCAUGGGCUACCUCGGCACGCUCUCCCACCUCCUCAUCCUAUCACACCACCUCUUCAGAGAAAACAUCCGGCGCGCGAAUGGAGGUCCUGCUAUCGUGGAGCUUCUCCUGCGCACGGUCCCCGAUUUCGGCCUCCCGCGGACGCGGACGGACGAGCAGAUGACUAUGCCGAUACUCAUGCAGCUUAUGGAGACGCUCCUAACGUCGCGCUGGUCUGACCGCGAGCUGGUGGACGUGAUCAACGCGGGGCUCCUGCGGCUCAUCGACAGGCUCAACCGGUUCCUCCCUUCGGACGCCAAAGGGAGGGAAAGGCGAAGAAUGGUCAACGUAUGGAUCAAGGACGUGUUCAUGCCGUCCAUGGUGUGGCCGAAAAUGCUUCGAACGUUUUACAAGGAGGCCUCCGAGCACAACCUGUUGACGAAGAUGGUGUUUCCUCAAUGGGAUGAGUGGCGUGCGCUGCUGGACAGGUGCACUGUGCUCUGGAAGCGGUACACGAAAUUCCUGGAUCGUAUGCAGUCGCUGCGCAUGUUCUGCCACAACUCUAGCUGCCCGCAGAAAUCAGAGGCAACGAAGAAGAAAAUUUGUGAAUGCGCCAGGGUCGCGUACUGCUCCCGAGAAUGCCAGAAGAUACAUUGGAAGAAAGCGCAUCGCAAGGAGUGCUCAAGAAACGCUCGAUAUCCCAUCUUCUACAUGCCCGCAUUCGAGCCUGAAAACCCGCCUCCGAACCCGAAGCUCAGUCAUGUCCACCGUCAUUGGCUCCGCACCUGCGCCCUUCACGACCUAGCGUCAGAGAACGCGCAGUGGAUGGCAGUGCGUACUGUCCUGAUCGAUUACGCCGGCAUAUCACAGGAGGACGUGGUCACCCGCGGCUUCUCCCCGGCGGGCGUUGAGCCUCACCCGGACUCUCCAGAGAUGAUAGGUGUCAAGCCUGUGCCGCGCGGGAUGACGCGCGUGCUGGUGAGGGUUAAUUGGGGUGCGAGGAUAGGGGCGGAUAUCUGCGUGGAGUUGGCCAUUGCUGUGGCGACGGUGAAGGCCAUGGACGAGGGGGCUGGGAGGAGGCCUGGAAUAUUCAGUCGACCAUUGUAGAGACUGAUGAUGAGCGCGGAUCUUCCGAAAAAAUUAAAAGUAUACAAGAUGUGUAUGUCUGGGUCUGUACGUAGUUCCAUUCCCGUCACAGACCUUUCAUGUCGAGUGUUGUCCAGAGUCCAGAUAUCAACUUGGGCGAUCGUGACUGUGACGUGUGUGUGAC